AUGCACGACGUUUUCCCCGUACGGUGUGGAUUCGCGAAAAGAAAACAUGACUCACUGUCGUACGAUUGCGACUACUGCGCGGAUCACCGAUCGGUCGCGGGCGGGGGGAAAGGUGUGUUUUACUGUGAUUUUACCAUGGUCGGCGGGGUGGGAGUUGUACUACGAGGACGACCAAACUGUGAUAGCAGACGGGCGCAGAUAAGAAGAUUGUUAUCAAAACUGUUGAUAACAAAACGGGUAGAUAAUAAUAAAGAUCUCGACAUGAAUCACUUAUCGGAUUUAGAUGGACCACGACUACAAUAUUGA